AUGGCGUCCGUCGCCCCCCCCCGCGUCGCGGUCCCAUUCCCCCGCGCCCGCGCCCGCGCGCGCUCGCGCCGCGCGUCCGCCGCCGCGUCCGCGUCCGCGUCGUCCCACCCCCCCGGCGGCGUCGCGGAGUGGAUCGAGACGAACCUCCCCGACGCGGGCGCGGUGACGCGGUCCAUCUCGCUCGGCGGCAGCGGAUGGGCCGAGUUCUCGUCGCACGAGUGCGAGUCCGGGGCGAAGUACUUCGCGAAGACGUCGCGAAGGGACGCGGAGAUGUUCAUGGGCGAGGGCGCGGGGCUGAGCGCGCUCCACGCGACGGCGACGCUCGUGAUACCGAGGGUGUACCACGCGGGGAGCCUACCGGAGGGAUCGCGCGAGGGACGAUCGUUCAUCGUCAUGGAUCACCUCGGCGCGUUCUGUACACCGGUCCCCGUACGACCCCGUCCGCGUGGUGAACGCCGAUCCUUAAGGACUUUCUCUCCCGGCGUUUCUCUCCGCCCAGGGUCCCUCGCUUUCAAUCCCGACGCACCUCGACGCCUUUCAACUCCGCUUAUGACGCCUUUCAACUCCACCCCGACGUUCGCUCGUACGGAACGACCCUCAGACUUCGGCGCGCGCGGCGACCAGGCCGAGUUCGGCGCGAGCCUCGCGCGGAUGCACCUGGCGGAGCCCGCGGUCGCGGAGGCGAGAGACGACGGGAUGUUCGGGUUCAGCGUGAACAACACGAUCGGGGACACGCCGCAGCCGAACGCGUGGGGAAGCGACUGGGUCGAGUUUUUCCGCGAGAAGAGGAUUCGACAUCAGCUGAAGCUCGCGCGCGACUCGACGCUCUCCGAGCUCGGCGAGGCUGUCGUGGAGAACAUGCCGCGAUGGUUCGCGCCGUGCGGUGAGAUCCGGCCGAGCAUACUUCACGGCGAUCUGUGGAGCGGGAACAUCGGGACGGUGGGCGGGCGACCGUCGGCGUUCGACCCGGCGGUGUAUUACGGCCACUCGGAGGCGGAGUUCGGGAUGUCGUGGUGCGCGGGGUUCACGCAGGCGAUGAACCCGAAGACGGAGGAACACUUCGAGGAACGGCGGAAGCUGUACCAGCUGUAUCACUACCUGAACCACUACAACUUGUUCGGCGGCGGGUACAAAGGGACGUGCGUGGACAUCAUGAAGUCGCUCGCGGAUCGAUGA